AUGACUUUUGAAGUGGAGCAAGUGCUUCCACAAUUAACGAAAGAGGAAAAAAUCGCCCUUACUUCUGGUAUAGACUAUUGGCGUACUUUUCCUAUACAUAGAUUAGGAGUUCCAUCUAUCAAAACCUCGGAUGGUCCCAAUGGUAUCAGGGGCUGCUACCAUUUCAAUAGCACACCCACAUCUUGUUUUCCUGUCGAAACUGCUCUUGGCUCAACAUGGGACCUCCAAUUGAUAUUUCAAGUCGGCCAAAAGCUUGCUAAAGAAUCUCGUGCGAAAUUAGCCCACGUAAUUCUUGGCCCAACUUUGAAUAUUCAAAGAAUUCCAAACGGAGGAAGAGGAUUCGAAUCUUUCGCAGAAGAUCCCGUAUUAGCCGGCGAAUUGGCAGCUGCUUAUAUAAAUGGGUUUCAAGAAAGUGGUUUAGCAGCUUCGUUAAAGCAUUUCGUAUGCAAUGACCAAGAAAAUGAUAGAUUUUCCAGUAAUUCUAUUGUUACAGAUAGAGCUUUGAGAGAAAUCUAUUUGAAAGCUUUUGAGAUUGCCAUUACUAAAUCUAACCCUAAGUCAAUAAUGACAUCUUAUAACAAAGUUAAUGGGAUUCAUGUUUCUGAAAACCCUUAUUUUUUAGAGAAAAUAUUAAGAAAUGAAUGGGGUUGGGAUGGCUUAAUAAUGAGUGAUUGGACUGGAACGUAUUCGACCUCAGAGGCUAUCAAUGCUGGGUUAGAUUUGGAAAUGCCAGGGCCACCUAAAUGGAGAGGUAAUUUUUUAAAUCAUUCUCUAUUUUCUAAAAAGGUCAGUUUGGAAACAUUGGAUGAAAGAGCUCGCAAUGUUUUAAAUUUGGUUAAAAGAGUUGAGAGAGCUGGCAUUCUUGAAGACUUACCUGAACUAAACGGUGAAAAUCAGAUUUUUGAGAAGCUGUUAUUGGAUGAAAAUGGUAAGCUACCGAAUGAUAUUUAUGAGAUUUUAAGAAAAGCUGCUGCUGAUGCUUCUGUUUUAUUGAAAAAUGACUCAAAUAUUUUACCAUUCAGCAAGCUGAAAAAGACCCUAGUGAUCGGUCCGAACGCAAAAUAUGCUGCCUACGCUGGUGGAGGCUCUUCUUUAAGCACAUCUUAUUAUACUAUUUCUCCUUUGAGUGCUAUUCAAAAAAAAAUUGGGAAACAGAAUGUUUGUUAUGAGAUUGGUGCCCACAAUCAUUUAUAUUUACCUUCUUUGGGUGAACAACUUUCCACAGAGAAUGGUCAAACUGGUGCAACUUUAAAAAUAUCAAACGAGUCUUUUGAUGACCUCCAUUACCAACCUUUUGAAACUUUAGUUUUUAAAGAUAUUAGCUAUUUUAGAAUGAAUGACUAUAAAAAUUUUAACUUAAAAUCCAAAAUAUUUUAUAUUGAGCUAACUUCUGUUUUUAUCCCAGCUGACAGUGGAGUCUACGAGUUUGGAAUUGCUGUGUGUGGCACAGCAAAAUUAUAUAUUGAUGAUGUAUUGAUUAUUGAUAAUUCUGAAAAUCAAAUAAGAGGUGAGUCAUUUUAUGGUCUUGGAACCACCGAGAAGAGAGGAACUCUGAAUGUUGUCGCUGGUAGAAAAUACCAAUUGAGAAUUGAAUUUGGCUCUGCUGCUACAUCUGAAAUUGUUAGAAACAUCAAUCCGGAGUUUCUUGGUGGCGGUGGAUUAAGAUUUGGGGGAAUUCCUGUUAUUGAUAGUGAUAAAGCCAUCAGACAAGCUGUCGAAUCUGCUAAAAAAUUUGACCAGGUGGUAGUUAUAACUGGUUUGAAUAAAGAUUACGAGUCAGAAGGUGCAGAUAGAAAUGAACUUGCAAUUCCUGGACUCAGCAAUGAGUUGAUCACAAAGGUUACUGAGGCUAACUCGAAUACAGUUGUUUGGAUCCAAUCAGGAACUCCCAUUGAAUUACCAUGGGAAUCUUCGGUAAGUAAUAUAUUCUGGAGCUCAUAUGGAGGAACAGAGACCGGUAGUGGCAUAGCUGAUACUUUAUUUGGAGAUGUAAAUCCUUCUGGGAAGCUACCGUUGAGUUUUCCAAAAAAAUUUGAAGAUACUCCAAGUUUUAUAAAUAACUCCACUGAUAAUGGAAGAGUCCUUUAUGGAGAAGACAUAUACGUGGGUUAUAGGUAUUAUGAGAAAGUGAAAAGAGAUGUUCUAUUUCCCUUUGGUCAUGGUUUGAGCUAUACCACAUUUCAAUUAUCGGAUCUCCAAAUCAAUGUUACGAAUUCUGAAAAAAUAUCUGUGUCAGUAAAACUACAAAACACAGGUGCAUAUGAAGGAGCAGAUGUGAUUCAAUUAUAUAUCGGUGCGGAUAGUUCCAGGAUCAAAAGACCAUUGAAGGAAUUGAAAGCUUUCCAAAAGAGAAAACUUUUGCCAGGAGAGUCUUGUACUAUUAUUUUUGAACUUGAAUCAUUAAAUUGUACUGCAUAUUGGGAUGAAGUGAAAUCUAAAUGGGCUUCUGAAAAGGGUAUUUAUACUAUUUAUAUUGGCAAUUCCAGUAAGACGAAUUUAGAAGCAAAAUUUGAAGUGAAGGAAAGUCACUAUUGGAUCAGCAAAAUCAUUUCGAAUACAAUCUAA